AUGCCAUUUGGCUGUAUAACAAUCGGGGAAAAGAAGGAAUAUCACAUUCCUUCAGACGUGACAGAUAAAUAUGACCUGGGUCAGAUUGUUAAAUCGGAGGAGUUCUGUGAGAUAUUCAGGGCGAAGGACAAAACUACGAUGAAAAUGUACACAUGUAAAAAGUUCCUGAAGAAGGAUGGAAGGAAAGUCCGCAAGGCUGCCAAGAAUGAGAUCCUCAUCUUAAAGAUGGUGAAGCAUCCCAAUAUUCUCCAACUGGUGGACGUCUACGAGACCAAGAAAGAGUACUUCCUUUUCCUUGAACUUGCAACAGGAAGAGAGGUGUUUGACUGGAUCCUGGAUCAAGGCUACUACUCAGAGCGAGACACCAGUAACGUGGUGCGCCAGGUGUUGGAGGCCGUCGCCUACCUCCACUCCCUGUGUAUCGUUCACAGAAACCUGAAGCUGGAGAACUUGGUUUAUUUCAACCGCCUGAAGCACUCUAAAAUAGUCAUCAGUGACUUCCAUCUUGCAAAGCUGGAGAAUGGACUAAUCAAAGACCCCUGUGGGACCCCGGAGUACCUGGCUCCUGAGGUGGUUGGAAGGCAGCGAUACGGCAGGCCUGUUGACUGCUGGGCGACAGGUGUCAUCAUGUACAUUCUGCUGUCAGGAAACCCUCCGUUCUACGAUGAAACCGAUGAGGAAGAUUAUGAAAACCACGACAAGAACCUCUUCCGAAAGAUCCUUGCUGGCGAUUAUGAGUUUGACUCUCCGUACUGGGAUGAAAUCUCUGAUUCAGCCAAGAGCCUGGUAUCUCGUCUGAUGGAGGUGGAUCAAGACCAGAGACUGACAGCCCAGGAGGCUAUAAACCAUGAGUGGAUCUCUGGUGGUGCAGCGUCAGAUAAGAACAUCAAGGAAAACGUUUGUGCGCAAAUAGAGAAGAACUUUGCCAGAGCUAAAUGGAAGAAAGCAGUUCGAGUCACCACCAUCAUGAAGAGACUGAGGGCCCCUGACCAGAGCAACUCGAGGGCGACCAGCCCUGCAGCCGGCGCCCCAGAGGACCCUGCGGCUCCCCAGGCUACCAUCGACCCCUCCGCACCUUUGUGUGGGGAAACACCCGAGGUGGCCCCCGCUGCGGCCACAGAGCUCCCUACCGGGGCUGAGCUGAGCGACCCGGAGCCGGUAUCCUCACCUGGGGCGUCAGCCUCAGCAUCCGAGGGCCCGGCCCAGCAGGAGGCCGAGCCCACAUCGCGUUGUAACGGAGAGGCCUCGACAACUCACCAGGCUCCUGUCGAAGCCGAGGGCGAGCAGGGCUAG